UUGUGGUCUGAGAUGAGAAGACAUGAGAUCCUAAGAGAAGAAUUGCGACAGAGAAGAAAGCAACUUGAAGCUUUAAUGGCUGAACAUCAAAGGAGGAGAGAGCUCGCAGAAACAAUAUCUACUGUUGCUGCAUCUGUUAAAAGUGAAGGAUCAGAAGCUCAGCGUACUCCACAGCAGAGUAGGACUGAAAAGACAAUGGCUACCUGGGGAGGUUCUACCCAGUGUGCACUGGAUGAAGAGGAUGGAGAUGAAGAUGGUUAUCUCUCCGAUGGAGUUGGUCAGGCAGAAGAAGAGGAAGAAGACGCGUCAAGUUUGAAUGACAGUUUCUCUGUUUACCCCAAUAACAACAUACCAGAAAAUGCAUAUUUUGUUAAAGAGAACAAGGACAGGUGGAAAAAUUGCCGUCCUCUUUCAGCAGAUGGGAAUUAUCGUCCAUUGUCUAAGGCCAGGCAACAGCAAAACAUAAGUAUGCGACGUCAGGAAAACCUUCGGUGGAUGUCUGAACUUUCAUAUGUGGAAGAAAAGGAACAAUGGCAAGAGCAGAUCAAUCAGUUGAAGAAACAGCAUGAAUUUAGUGUCAGCAUUUGUCAAACCUUGAUGCAGGAUCAGCAGACCCUCUCUUGUCUUCUACAGACUUUGCUUACAGGCCCUUACAGUAUGAUGCCCAAUAAUGUUGCAUCUUCACAAGUACAUCUUAUUAUGCAUCAGUUGAACCAGUGUUACACUCAACUGACUUGGCAGCAGAAUAAUGUCCAAAGGUUGAAACAAAUGUUAAAUGAUCUUAUGCGCCAGCAAGAACAACAGUGUCAAGAGAAGCCAUUGAGAAAGGAGAGCAGCAGUAGUGCACCACCACCUCCAUCUCCUGUUUUCUGUCCGUUCAGCUUUCCUCCACAACCUGUGAACCUGUUUAAUGUACCAGGAUUUACUAACUUUUCUUCCUUUGCUCCAGGUAUUAACUAUAAUCCAGUAUUCCCUUCUGGUUUUGGAGACUUCGCACACAAUAUUUCCCCGCACAGCAGUGAGCAGCAGCAGCAACAUCCCCUAGAUCAUAAUGCUUCUGGGAAAACUGAGUAUAUGGCAUUCCCCAAACCUUUUGAAAGCAGUUCCUCUACUGGAGCAGAAAAACAAAGAAGAAGUCAUAGACAACCUGAAGAGGAAAUGGAAAAAAGAUCAACUUGGCUUAAUGAUAGCCAGGAAGUGAAAAAAGAUGAUCCGUCUCAGCUGAAAGCAGGUUUUGCAGUUUCAGUACAAAACGUUGCUUCUGGUCAUAAAAAUCAGUCUGAUACAAGCAGGAGAAGAGAGUUUGAUGAAGAGUCUUUGCAGAGUUUUAGUAGCAUGCCUGAUCCAGUAGACCCAACUACUGUGACAAAGACAUUUAAAUCUAGAAAAGCAUCAGCACAAGCAAGCUUGGCAUCAAAAGAUAAAACACCCAAAUCGAAGAAUAAGAGGAAGAGUUCUUCUCAGCUAAAAGGCAGAAUUAAAAAUGUUGGUUAUGAAAGUGCAAGCGCUUCUAGCGUGUGUGAACCCUGCAAGAGCAAUAAAAGCAGACACUCUGAAGAGGUUGUUCAUGCAAAGGUGUUCAGCAAAAGGAAUCGGGAACAAUUGGAAAAAAUAAUUAAAUACAGUAGAUCUACAGAAAUGUCUUCAGAAACCGGUAGUGAUCUUUCUAUGUUUGAAACUUUGCGAGACACAAUUUAUUCUGAAGUGGCAACUCUUAUUUCUCAAAAUGAGUCUCGUCCCCACUUCCUUAUUGAACUUUUCCAUGAGCUUCAGCUGCUAAAUACAGAUUACCUGAGGCAACGGGCUCUAUAUGCUUUACAGGAUAUAGUGACCAGACAUUUAUCUGAGAACAACGAAAACCAGAAGUGCACAAAAUCACUGAAUUCUGCAACAUGGAUGGCAUCAAAUUCUGAACUCACUCCCAGUGAAAGCCUUGCUUCUACAGAUGAUGAAACUUUUGGCAAGAACUUUUCUACAGAAGCAUGUCAAGAUUGUGAACAAAAUGAUGCAGACAAUGGGAGUACUAUGUCUACAUCUUCAAAUUUUGAACCCUUUGCCACUGAUGACCUUGGCAACACAGUGAUUCACUUAGAUCAAGCUUUGGCUAGGAUGAGGGAAUAUGAGCGUAUGAAAAUUGAAGCUGAAAGUACCCUUGACUCUGAGGGCUGCUCUAGUAAUUUUCAGGGUGCUUCUGCUGCUAAAUUAGAAGGUCCAAGUACUAGUGAAUGUCUUCCUGUACCACAGUCAAAUCAAGUUUCUGCUGUUCCAUGUCCUCGUAUAGAUACUCAGCAGCUUGACCGGCAGAUUAAAGCAAUUAUGAAAGAGGUCAUUCCUUUUCUGAAGGAACACAUGGAUGAAGUAUGCUCUUCUCAAUUACUGACAUCAGUAAGACGUAUGGUCUUGACUCUUACACAACAAAAUGAUGAAAGUAAAGAAUUUGUGAAGUUCUUUCAUAAGCAGCUUGGCAGUAUACUUCAGGAUUCACUGGCGAAAUUUGCUGGUAGAAAAUUAAAAGAUUGUGGGGAGGAUCUUCUUGUGGAGAUCUCUGAAGUGUUAUUUAAUGAACUAGCCUUUUUUAAACUCAUGCAAGACUUGGACAACAACAGUAUUUCUGUAAAACAGAGAUGUAAAAGAAAAAUAGAAACUACUGAAGUGAUACAGUCUUACGCUAAAGAGGCAAAAAAAGGUCUCCAGGUGGAUGUUUGUUCAUCUGCUGAAGAUGUCGAUGAGGACAAAGACAAGGAUGAGACUGAAACUGUUAAACAAGUACAGAACUCGGAAAUGUAUGAUGGUAAUGGAGUUCCUGAUAGUAUUAGGUCUGAUGCAUCUGAUCAAGAGGAAGAUGAGGAAAGUGAAAGCGGUCCAGUGGCAAUAAGUUUAUCAAAAGCAGAAACCCAAGCUCUGACUAACUAUGGCAGUGGAGAAGAUGAGAAUGAAGAUGAAGAAAUAGAAUUUGAGGAAGGACCUGUUGAUGUGCAGACAUCACUACAAGCCAGCAGUGAAACAACAACUGAAAAUGAACAGGCUUCAAACCAAGAACUGAGUAAGACAAAAAGCAGUGAGAUUUUGUCAUCAGAACAAGAAUCUGUUAAAGGUGAACAAGAUGUGGCCAUAAUUUUGCCUCAUCACCUCAAUGUCAUGGAGAAUACACCACCUUUAACAGUCAGUACCCCAGAAUCCUUUACAACAGCCAGUAAGAAAACAGAAGAAUCAAGCUCAUCUUUACCAGUAAAUGAAACUCAAACACUAGAUACAACAUGUGUAGGAAACAAAUCUGCUGCAAGUUCUGAAAGCUCCAUGGCUGGCAGCCCUGAUACGGAGUCACCUGUGUUAGUGAAUGAAUAUGAAGGUGGUUCUGGAAAUGUAAGUCAAAAAUCUGAUGAAGAUGACUUUGUGAAAGUUGAAGACUUGCCCCUUAAACUUGCAGUAUAUUCAGAGGCAGAUUUAAUGAAGAAAAAGGCAAUGGAGGCCCAAACCAACAGUUUGUCUCAUGAAUUACUGGAUGGAGGUGGAGCUCAAGGUCAAGAAUUAGCAGGAGAUGCCCAAACUUUGAAAGAACCUGAAACUUUUGGAGCUCAAAGUGCAUGAGAAUAACCUGAAGAUAUCUGCAUUUAUAAACUCCAUGUAUACAAAUGCAUAUAGAAGAUCAGCACUAAUUUCCCAGAAUUCUGGAAGUGUAUAAAAAUGUAAAAUUUUUGACACACUGCAUCUUAGGAUAGGUAUGCUAAAUUCUGCCUGUGGCAGUUUGAACAGCUGGAACUGAAUCCUCUUCUAUUCAGUUUUGCUGCACUGUUCUUUUUCUGUCUUAAUCUUUUUUUAUUUUUUAUUGUGACUUGUUUAGUAAUUUUAAAAUUGUAGUUUUAAAUAAAGUUUUGACUUGUCUGU